CUGAGGAAAAACAAAACUUCCAAGGUGUAUGAUGAUGACUUCGAUUUGGUCAGCGAUCAACUUACCGAUGAAGAGAUUGAAGAAGUGAAAAAUCAGAUAAGAGAAACCUGUGCCGCAUUGAGACUCACGUAA